UAACACUAUAUGUCAAUAACAAGUGGUUCGUUGCUCCAACCGCCCCAAGACUCCAGAUCCAUCCUCAGCUUGGUACCUGGCCUUGACACGCAGUAAUUGGCUGUACGUGUCAUCAACAUCGUAUCCGCUCAAAGAGUCAUCACAUAUUCUCAAAGAAAUCCGACAGCGUCCGCGGAGAUUCAGAAACAUAUUCACAAGGUCGGAACUAUCGGCUUAUAAAUAUAGCUAGGUGCUCGUGCUGGUGCUGGCCCAUGUUGACUCUCCUUGCAGAGUGCUACUUCGCAUCUGCACCCGUUGUGAAACCUGCCUACACAAUACCUACUUUUAUCAUUUCACCAUGACUCCCAACCUCUUUCAUACCGACUACCCAUGGACGAGUCCAGAUGUUCCACUCGUGGUCUCGGCGCCCAUGAUGAAGAUCACGUUGGGCCGCCACGCCGUCUCAGUAUCUGCGAAUGGUGGCUUUGGGUUCCUUGCAGGUGGAUUUGACUUGACUCCCCUGGCUAAGGAUCUGGCGGAAGCAGCAGAACUUGCCAAAGCUCAAGGCCUUUCAUUGCAUAAUGGGGCCCUCCCUAUCGGCGUCGGGGUUCAGAACUGGGGAAGCGAUUUGCGCCUAGCCCUCGAUGCUAUCAAGAAGCAUCCUGUCGCAGCGGUGUGGUUCUUUGCGCCGAAGCAAUUAAGUGAUUUGCUAGAAUGGGCGAGGGAAAUCCGUGCGGCCACAGAAAACAAGACAAAGAUAUGGGUCCAGAUCGGCACCGUCGCUGAAGCUCUAGAAGUUGCCAAAACGACGAAGCCGGAUGUGCUGGUUGUACAGGGUGCUGAUUCAGGUGGCCAUGGGCUAGCACAUCGAGCAAGUCUUCUGACUUUGUUGCCAGAAAUUGUAGACGCUUUGGCUGAAGAGGGUAUCAAAAUUCCGAUCGUCGCGGCCGGAGGUAUUAUGGAUGGGAGAGGCUCUGCAGCCGCUCUAGCACUGGGUGCUGAUGGUGUGGCUUUGGGCACAAGGUUUCUUGCUGCAAAAGAAGCUGUCAUUGCGAAAGGCUAUCAAGAUGAGGUGCUACGAGUUAGCGAUGGCGGAGUCAGUACAACUGCGACCACAAUAUACGAUGUGGUAAGAAAUAUUCACGGAUGGCCCGAAACAUACAAUGGUAGGGGAGUUAUCAACAGGACGUAUCAAGACGCCAAGCAUGGAAUGAGCAAUGAUGAAAACGUGCAGCUCUACAAAGAAGCAAUGCAGCAAGGAGAUUCGGGAUGGGGACCUGAUGGUCGGAUGACAACCUAUGCUGGCACAGGUAUUGGACUGGUGAGAGAAGUAUUGCCUGCAGGUGAUAUCGUGAGGCAGGUUCAGCAGGAGACUGUGCAACUCCUGCACAAGUCUGCCAAACGCUUCGCGUCGUAGAUACUAAUAAUUUGUGAUACCACAAUUUCUAAGUCGC